UAAGUAAUGCUUUCGAAAUUAUUUAUAGUGCUAUGGGAAGUUUUCUUCGCACGGGAAAAGUGCUAUUGAUUGAUAAUGAUGACGGUGAUGAUGGUAGUGGUGAUAUUGGUGAUGAUGAUAAUGUUGAUGAUGGCAACGAUGGUAAUGACCACAAUGAUGAUGAUGAUGAUGAUGUCAGUGGUGAUGGUGAUAAGAGAUAA